GCCGCUCCUGUUGGUCGGUGAGACGGGUAUCGGUAAGACUACCGUGGUUCAGCAGCUGGCGGAAUCACUUGGUCACCAACUUGUCGCCGUCAACUUGUCUCAGCAAAGUGAAGCCGGUGACCUUCUGGGUGGCUUCAAGCCCGUCAGCGCACAGACCCUCGCCAUGCCUAUCAAGGAGGAGUUUGAGGAUCUAUUCGAGAGAACAGGCGUCUCUGCUGAAAAGAACAAGGCUUAUCUGGACGGGAUCAACAAAAAGUUCGCCAAGGGCAGGUGGAGAGAGGUCUCCAAGGAGUGGCGCAAGGCUCCCAAGAUGUUCGAGCAGAUCCUCGCCAAGUUCGAGAGCAUGCAAGCAGCCAAGACCGUAGAGGCAGAGGUUGCAGAGGAGAACCAGGAGCAGGGCCCAGCCAAGCGUCGGAAGACCGAGUCCAGCAAGCUCCAGCGCCUGCGGGAUCUCAAGGCUCGUUGGGACUUGUUUUCGCAGAGUCUUGAUCAGUUUGAUAGACAGGUCGCGGCUGGUCCUGGCGGCUUUGCCUUUGCUUUCGUCGAGGGCAAGAUUGUCAAGGCGGCGAGAAACGGUGACUGGGUCCUGCUUGAUGAAAUCAACUUGGCCUCUCCUGAUACCUUGGAAAGCAUUGCUGGCUUGUUCCAGACCAAUCCCUCUCUUUUGCUCUCGGAAACGGGAGAGAUUGAGAGAAUCCAGGCGCAUCCAAAUUUCCGCGUGUUUGGUGCCAUGAACCCUGCCACAGAUGUGGGCAAGAGAGAUCUUCCCAUGGGGCUGAGAUCCGUGAGUUGAUCCGUUCUUCAUAGCUUAAAAGGACAGCUGCUAAUCAAGACAAUAGCGCUUCACUGAGAUUUAUGUCCAAAGUCCUGAUCGCGACAAGAAGGACCUCCUCACAAUCAUCAAAACGUACCUCAAGGGAAACAACAGCAGCAUUGACCGUUUGUCCGACGACAUUGCU